AUGGGUGCAAAGAAACUCACAGAUUUUAAACCCAUUAGCUUAAUUGGUAGUGUGUAUAGAAUAAUCUCCAAUGUGUUAACUGAGAGGCUUAAAAAGGUUAUGCACAAGCUAGUGGACACACAACAACUUUCUUUUAUUAAAGGAAGACAGAUCAUGGAUGCUAUUUUGAUGGCUAAUGAAUGUGUGGAUUUUAGGAUCAGAAGCAAGGUGCCAGACAUUUUAUGCAAGUUGGACAUUAAGAAAGCAUAUGACCAUCUCAACUGGAAUUUUUUGCUGGAGACCUUAUCCAGAAGAGGUUUUGGUGGUACAUGGAUGAGAUGGAUAAAGUUUUGUAUCAGUACUGUGAAAUAUUCUGUUCUCAUCAAUGGCUCUCCUAAAGGUUUCUUCUCUUCACUGAGAUGA